AAAUAGUUUUAUAACCACUACACAAUCAUUGAGCAAUCUUCUUUUCUCUCUCUCUCUUGUGAAAUCCACAGCUCCUUCUCUGUAUAACAGUGUAGCUGUCUGUUGUGCCUCGCUCUGUUUGGCGGUUCAGAGUAGAAGGUUAAAAUGCACAUGAUAACGAGAAGCUGCGUCCUACUGUUGUGGUCGCAAUUAAUGACUUCUGUAUCAUCCCAAGACUGUACACUGGAACAGUUUAUAAAGAGCGCUCACUUUGACUCAAAUUUUGACAUAAGUAGUUUGGAUGCCACUUACAGAGAAGGAAAACUAGUGAGAGUUCCCUGCAGUUCUGGCUAUACUGGCUUUUUCAGGUUGAUCUGUUCUGAGGGGAACUGGAUGACUGCUGGCAAAAAAUGUGAACCGAAAUCAUGCGGACAUCCCGGAGAUGCACCAUAUGCAGAUUUCCGACUUGUGCAAGGAGAUGAUUUUGUGUUUGGAUCUCAAAUUAUUUAUGAGUGCAACAGAGGUUAUCAGAUGGUCAGUCGGUUUAACCGCAGGCGCUGCUUGGCAGAUGGCUGGGAUGGCAUCAUUCCAGUGUGUGAAGCCAUAAAAUGUCCAGUCAUUCAUGCAGACAAUAAUGUACAUAUUUUCGGGGAUGCAGAAGAAGCCACAUCUGGCAAUGUUGUUCAGUUUAGCUGCAAGUCAAAUGCAGAAAUCUUGUCUGGGUCACAAGAGAUUUAUUGCAAGGAUGACACAUCAAAGACUCCAUAUUUUACUCAGAAGUUCAUGACCCUAGAUGAGGAAAAGUCACAAAAUUUUAUGGAAAAUAAAUGAGAAUAACCUCCACUUUGGUCAACUCAAAAAUUGAAAUGGGUCAAAUUGACCUGAUCAUAACAAAAGGGUUCAAAUCAAAACAAAACAUUCUCAUUCCAAAAUAACUUCAACAAAACCAACAGUAAAAUAACAGAUAACUGCCAUCGCAGCCAACAGAUAACAGUAAUAACAUUUGUUCCAAAAUGCAAAGGUAUGGUAAGACGUUGAAACUAAACAUCACCAAAUAUAUGAAAAGCUUUUAUUAAAUAUAGCAUUAUUGCAGAUAUGUUUUAACCUAGCAGCAUAAGUUUAAAACUGUUAAAUUCAAGACUUAAAUAAUAUAUUUUAUUACUUUAAAAUAUGUUUGAUACUAUUUACUAAAUGAAGGAAAUAUUUUUCCAGGCAAUACCUGCAAUUUUAUAGUGCAAUCAACAAACUGUUUCCUUCAGUUGUUUUAAAAAUGUUGCAUGUACCAAAGAAAACAAAAAAAAAUUUAUUUCACAAUCUGACGCUUUGAAAUUGGCCCCUUGACUUUAAGAACAUUUUCAUCUUUCCGACAUUUCGCCUUCAGCAGUUCAUCACAACAAUCUUAGCCUUUAUGGCUUUUACAGCCGUUCUUAAGAGCAUUCGAUUGAGAGGUAGUUCAUAUUUUGAGCUCAGCGGACUCACAAUUAUACCAGGUGUUUGUCAAUUGCUGCUGCUGCUAGUCUGGAGGAGCUGCAUGGGAAAAAAGUGAGGGACAGGUGGUCUGUUACAUGAAAGCUGGAGUGUAAGUAUUUAGGCACGCUGGUUUAGCUGCCAUGGCAGAUUCAAGGAUUUCCUAAACAUGCAUUAAAAGAAUAAAAGCAACAGCUUGUGUAUGUUUUGUUAACUGAAUUACAACAUAAUACAAUAAAACACUCAAAAAAGAUGAUUUUAUAUAGCACCUCCCUAUAUAACUUCGUAAUAUGUUUUAACAAUAA